AUGUCUUUUGCGGCAAUGAAAUUCGGGGAAACGCAUAAGAAACUAGAAGGUAUUAUGAAUCAAUUAGGUAUCCAAAUAGCAGUGAACCUAAUGAUCAAGCGAGUUUGGUUUUCGCAUGAAGGAAUAUACGAAGCUCAAAAAG